UGCACUGACCCGUGUAAAGGAGCAACAAGAUCCCUGGAUACCAAGAGACAACGAUUCAUUUCACGACUCAUCGCCUCAUUGUCAUUCCAAGCUCGUCUCCGUCAUCAACGUCUACGUCUCGCCCCGCUGCCCCGCUUCAAUCCUCAUUGUCAAAUGUCCGGCAGACAGAGCUCUACAACGGAUUCAUGAGGUCCUCUCCCAAGAUUACACUCUCAAUGGGCAAGCCAAGCACAAAUGGGACGGGUCCAGAACGAGACAGCGUCUCCAAUCCUCCAGCGGCGAACCAUACACCAGAGACUUCCAGCUCUGUGGAUAUCGGACAGAACUGGACAUGUGCAGUAUGCGGUUUCGUCAAUCCCAUCAGAGGUUUUGGCAUCCCAACAUCGAGCACUAGAUGCUCCCUGUGUGGUGUAUCCUACACUCCAACCCAAGCUUCCAGCUCCUCUGUUCCCACCUCAGGUGCCGCUACGCCUGUCCUGGGUCAAUCAUCCACACCCGUUCCUCAAACACCACCUCCGCCAUCCGCGCCAAUGAAUGACGAUCCGGAAGGACGUAUAGCAUGCCCAGCUUGCACCUUUUUGAAUCAUCGUUCCUUACGCAACUGCGAGAUCUGCUCCACACCGCUUCCUCGAAAGCCCGGCAAGCCCAAAGACUCUUCGAGUGGAAUAGCCAACAGUCCGGAUCUGAGCUAUAUUCCCCGAACGAGUGACGGGUACGAUAUCGUCCGGCUCAGCUUCCGUAAGACAGGGGUCCAGGAUGCUUACAGGAGAUUGAAGAAUAUCCUUAGUGACAAAGUGUGGGAGAGGGAGCAGCAGAAGAGUGACAGACACAAAAUCAUGGCAAGCGAGACUGCAGGGCCAGACAGACCAAGCACACCACGAGCUGGAGCUGGUAUCGACCACAUCAUGCAAUCCAUCAGCCUCGACAGCAAAGCCCAGGAUAGCCACAUGCAAGACGCUUUCAAAGACCUUGAGAUUCUCAUGGUCAGAGCUGGAGAAAUGGUGAAAAUGGCUCAAUCCCUGAACGCCAAGCUCACGGCCCAACAAGCUUCUGGGACAUCAGCAGCAAUCGCGGAGGAGGAUGCGACUUUAAUUCGUUCUUCGCUCGUCCAAUUAGGCUUAUCUGCCCCUGCACUCACGGCAGAUAUGGUUCGCGAUGAGAAAAAGUACCAACAGGGGCUGGCUCAAGAACUUGGGCAGCUCUUGACGGGUUCAAGAGGCUCUAAAGGCUUAAUGUCAAAUGAUGAAGGACGCGGUGUGAUCGCUCUGGAUGAAGUCUGGGGAUUGUGGAUGCGAGCGAGAGGUAUAGCGCUGCUACCUCCUUCAAGUCUCAUCUCUGUUCUACCGCUGUUACCGGACAACACGUCGCCCCCUAUCCGAACACUCGUUCUGCCUUCCCAGAUGAGGGUUCUCUACUCGCCACGGUUCGAGCCGGUCAAUCUUCUGAGUCGCCUGGUUGACCGUCUGACUCCACCGGAUCUUCCAACAGAGAACACACAUCUGUCGCAGACGACUACGUCACCUACCGAAGUUGCCUCUGAGCCAAGUUUAAGCUUGAUAGAAUUGGCAUCGCAGGAAAACCUCCCGAUAGGUCUGGCCAAGGAGCUGAUCGAGUCCGUAGCGAACUUAGAAUCUUCCGGAGAUAAUGCUCUAGUGUUCGGCAUCGUCAGGGAUGAUCAAGCGGAUCAAGCAUCAGGUGGAACACGUUGGUAUCGCGAUCUCAUCUCUAUCUGGCAGCUGUAGACACCAAGAUCGACAGAGCUCUCCACGAUGCCCAGCGCUGUCAAUUUUUCUUGGCUUUUGUU